AUGGCUCCCUUUUCUGGGGACGGUGUGCUAUGGCUUUGUCUAGGCGUCUCACUAUUCUUCGCCGUCCGCAGUAUCGCCACAGACCUCCGUCAAGUAGUUGAUCUGACAGAAAUUAAGCAUGUCGAGAAGGAAGAUACGAUCAUAAGUGAAGGAACAGAAGAUGCCCUCAAAUUAGAUACGCUCUUGAAGCUGUCGCAAAGCACAAAUCAUGAUCUCCGAGCUGCCUCGCUUCGCAUAAUUUCAGAGAGAUCCUCCAAGGGUGCCACUCGUGACUUGCUGUUAGAGGACUUGGCAUCCAGAGACAAACUACCCCAAUCACGAGCUCUGAACGCAUUGAACUUCCUAGUCUCUAACAGAGCCCUUAUUCGCACCUCAAUUUGUACUCGAAUUGCCGACCUCCCAACCUUUACCGCACUGGUAAAUUGCCUCUGCAAUUUCCUGGAGGAACAUGUGGAGAAAACGACGACCACCAACUCUCCUAUACUUCCGAAGACAAGACCCAUGGGAGAGAAGAAAGCCCUCAAUAUUCUACACGCAUUACUACCCGAGAACGUACCGGAGGCAUUGGAAGCCGGAGUCAUCAGCCGAUGGUUAUGCCGGUACCCUUUCCCAUGCGCGUUGGCAGAGCCUUCCCGCCGGAGGGAUGUUGUAAUUCUUAUGAAAACCUGGUGGUCCGAUGAUGUGGUCAUGAGCGCGAUAUUCAGCACGCUCUCCUCUCAUCCGGAUGGAAUCAAGCAGCUGCGAAAACAUGGGUUGAUGGGUAGCAUGAUUGCGGAGAAUGACCAGGACGAAGAUGACGAAGAUGCGGAUAGUGAUGUCUGGAUGGUGGACGCAGACGAGGCAGAUGGCUCGUUCGGAAGAACGCCCUCACGCAGAUUCCCAGAAGGAAGCGUCGAAGACCAAGCACUGCGCCGACGGAGGAGAGAAGCCAUGGUUUUGAGCGACGGAGGGCGGCCGAUUGGAAGUGACGACAUCAUCCAGCGCCCUAUUGACUGA